CGGCGCGGGCGCGAGGCGGGAGGUGGCCCCGCUCGGUCGCGGAGAUGCUGGGGGCUCGGGGCGGCUGGCGGGGCCUCCGCCGCUGCGCCUCCCUGCCUCGGCUGCGGGUCCGUGAGGCGCUGGCGGCCCGGGAGCCGCACGGCGAGGUUCAGGUGCAGGGCUGGGUCCGCUCUGUCCGAUCCCAGAAAGAAGUUUUGUUCCUUCAUAUAAACGAUGGAAGUUCUCUGGAAAACCUCCAAGUGGUUGCUGAUCCCAGCCUGGAAAACAGAGACUUGACUUUUGGAAGUGCAGUGGAAGUGCAAGGCAUGCUGGUCAAAAGUCCUCACGUGAUGCAAAACAUGGAGUUGAAAGCUGGAACCAUCCAUGUGGUGGGACCCUGUGAUCCUUGGUCAUUUCCCCUGAAAAUGAAGAAGAGGCACCCACUGGAGUAUGUCCGACAGUUCCCUCACCUGCGAUGCAGAAGCAACACGCUUGGCUCCCUCUUGAGGAUCCGCAGUGAAGCCACUGCAGCCAUCCACUCAUUCUUCCAGGAUAAUGGCUAUGUGCAUAUUCAUACCCCCAUAAUUACAUCAAAUGACUGUGAAGGUGCUGGGGAGCUCUUUCAGAUUGAAACAUCAAACGGGGCAAAGGAAUCUGCAGAAAAGGCCCAUUUCUUCAAUGUGCCUGCCUUCUUGACAGUUUCUGGCCAGCUCCAUUUGGAAGUGAUGGCAGGGGCUUUUACCCACGUGUUCACCUUUGGCCCAACAUUUCGAGCAGAAAACUCACAGAGUCGACGGCACCUGGCAGAGUUCUAUAUGGUGGAGGCUGAGCUGUCCUUCACUGAAAGCCUCCAAGACAUCAUGCAGGUUAUGGAAGAGCUUAUCAAGACAGCGACAAGCACUGUGCUCUCCAAAUGUCCCCGUGAUGUUGCGCUUUUUCAUAAAUACAUAGCUCCUGCCCAGAAGGACAGGUUGGAACAAAUGCUGAAAAACAGAUUUGUGACAAUCUCCUACAGUGAAGCAGUGGAAAUUUUGAAGCAAGCUUCUCAAACUUUCACUUUCAAGCCAGAGUGGGGUUGUGACCUCCAAACAGAACAUGAAAAAUACCUGGUGAAGCACUGUGGUGAGGUUCCUGUGUUUGUGAUUAACUACCCAUACGACCUCAAACCUUUCUACAUGCGGGACAAUGAAGAUGGACCUCAACACACAGUUGCAGCUGUUGAUCUGCUUGUACCAGGAGUAGGGGAGUUGUGUGGAGGCAGCUUGAGAGAGGAGCGACUGUCCUUCCUCGAAUCACGCUUACAAAGAUUAGGACUCACAGAUGCCUACCAGUGGUAUCUAGACCUCCGAAAAUUCGGCUCAGUUCCUCAUGGAGGCUUUGGAAUGGGGUUUGAACGCUACCUGCAGUACAUCUUGGGAGUUGACAAUAUCAAAGACGUUAUUCCUUUCCCUAGGUUUUCUCACUCCUGUCUCCUGUAGCUCAGCAGUUGACCCGUGCGGAGAAAACUGCUGGUGUGACUAUAUGUAUAUAACAUACCAAGAUGAUAUGACUACGUAUGAUUUAAUGGGAAAACAAAAAAUUUUUAUAUCAAUGAAACUCUUGGUUAAUUUAAUACUGAUUUAUUGAAAAUAAUGUAUGUUCUGUCGUGAUUAUGGAAGCACACUGGCAGUUAAUUUGAUAGCUGUUCAUGUGGUCAGUGCAUUUCAGGAGUAUUAAUAAAUCUCACUUAACUAAAGGGUUAAGAUUCUCCUGAGAGUGGUAAAAGCCAUGGAAGUACUGAAUAAGCGUUGUUGGGAGGUAGUGGGGGUUUUAUGUGAAAUAUUAAUAAGGAGGCGUGACCUAAAAUGGACUGGGAGCCAGGACUGCUGUAAGGCUUUAAUAGGCUUUAAUUAAAUGCCUGAAAACUGCUUUGAAGACCGAGUGUUAUAAAAUUGCGAAGUAUUGUCAUGUCUGUGAUGAAGUCGCUCCUACUAAACAGCUACUAUAAAGCAUGAUUCUCCCCACCCAUAGUUAAAAGCGAGUAUUGUUUACCUCAGAAAAUUCAGCCAAACCUAGCAAGGAAGAAUGUCUUACUGGAACUCUUGGAGUGAAUUAGGUAAAUGAUGUUUGAUUUUGUGAAUCAUCAAUAAAGAUGUAUACUGGCUUGUUUUGUAACUCUGUAUGG